AUGUAAUAACAACAAAAUUCAACAUAUUAAUUGAAAAUUGUGAAUACUGAAACUAGGUCAGAUAUUGUUUACUAUCAGAUCUAAGUCUUAAAUACAUAAACAAAAGUAUCCUGGAGUUUUGAAGAAAGGUAUAAAAACAUCAAUAAUCUGCAUACUUAAUUGUCAUCAGAACUCAAGCAAUAACUUCCAUAAUUCCCAUCCAAAAAGUUUUUUGGCAAUACUGAUCCAGAAUUCAUUUCGACCAGAAAGGCUGGGUUAUAGAAUUAUUUUAAGACUUUACUUUAAAUCGUGGAUGCAGAAUAAUGUCCAACUCUAAAGAAAUUUUUGACUAAAGGAGAAUAAAAACAAAUCAAGGAUCAACCUCAAUCAUUUAAGGAAGAUUAGGUCAAGCAAAAUGAUAUUUAAGGAAACGCAUCGUCAAAAGAAAAAAUUCAACAGCAAAAAUAAAUUGAAAAUGAAAGAAUUAAGAAAGAAUUAAAGGAUAAGUUGGGAUCAGCCACUUAAUAAAUCAAAUCAAAGUUUGUUGAUCUAGGCAAUCUAGUCAAUCCACCAGAUGAACAUGAUAUCAAAAAGAAAAGAGCACUCUAUGAUCAAAUUCGUUUAGAACCAAAAAGCACUCAAACUAAUAUAGAUAUUCCUAAACCAAGUGCAUAAUCAAAAAUGAUUAUUGCUUAAUCGACAAUCGAGCAAACAUAACCAAAAUUAAUAUAGUUGAUCUCAUAAUUGCAAGCUGGAGUAGAAAGCAUCAUAAGCAUUUGA